UUUCUUUCUCCCUUCUUUCCCUGAUUCACCGCAUGUCUCAAUUGACAGCCCCCCUCGAGCUUGUAUCUCUUUGGCGCCAUCAAGCCAUGGUGAGGGAGUAUCCUUAAAUUAGAAUUUUCAACACAACCAAGCUUUAUUGUCUCUCACUUACCCUUUGCGUCAUUACAUCACCGUCGCAAUGGGCCGCGGUAAUAAUCCGCGUUCAGCAGAGGAACAAGCCUUACAUGGCGGUUUCUUAUCCAGCUCCCCGCUCGCCGAGGCCGCAAUUGCUCGAGAUCUAGAGAAUUAUGCGGAUGACGAAGGCUCAAUGAUAACUACUGACGAUGAGGCGUCCGAGACAUCCACUAUUCGCGCGAUAAACAGUCAGUCCGGCACGAACCCCCAUUCUCUAGCUGGAUCCUACCGUCGUCCUAGCUUCUUCACUACAGUCUCCCACGCCACAGUUGUACCAUAUACUGCAGAACGAGAGAGGCUGACACGCAGGGAACGUGAGCGCGCCAUUGAGGAUGAAAGGGAUCUUCUCAGCGAUAAUAAUGUCAUGGACGCGAGGGUGAAGCGGCGAGUGACUCCAACUAGUGCACCUUCAGGAGAAACUACGGCACUCCUAGGGGAUCACGUAGGUGCUCGUGAAUACAAUGCCACGGAUGAUGAAGAGGUUGACAGGAAGUGGGAAGAGGCUGUCGCAGCUGGGCUAAUUCACACAACAUGGAGACGGGAAGCACAGGUGAUCGGUAAAAACGCUGCUCCGUUAAUGGUCACUUUCCUGCUCCAAUAUUCGUUGACAGUAGCCAGCAUUUUUACCCUAGGCCAUCUGGGGAAGAAAGAGCUUGGUGCAGUGAGUUUAGCUAGCAUGAGUGCGAACAUUACCGGAUAUGCAGUAUACCAAGGUCUAGCAACCAGUCUAGACACUCUGUGUGCACAGGCAUAUGGUUCUGGGAGGAAGAAGUUGGUAGGCCUGCAAAUGCAAAAGAUGGUGUUUUUUCUUUGCACCAUUACUAUCCCGAUUGCUGUACUGUGGUUCUUUGCAGACAGGAUUCUUAUGAAGAUCGUCCCGGAGAAAGAUGUCGCCGCGCUUGCUGGCUUGUACUUGAAGGUUGUCAUCCUGGGUGCGCCUGGAUACGCUUGCUUCGAGAGUGGGAAGCGUUAUGUGCAGGCUCAAGGUCUCUUUUCGGCCUCGCUAUAUGUCUUACUCAUAUGCGCACCUCUUAACGCCUUUAUGAACUGGUUGUUCGUUUGGAAAUUCCAAUGGGGGUUUGUUGGCGCCCCUAUCGCAGUAGCUAUUACAGACAAUCUGAUGCCGCUAUUCUUGUUCCUUUAUGUGUAUUUCAUUGAUGGUGCGGAAUGUUGGAGUGGACUUACUACCAAGGCCCUGCGCAACUGGGGCCCAAUGAUCCGGCUUGCCUUACCUGGUCUGGUGAUGGUAGAAGCGGAGUGCCUCGCUUUUGAAGUACUAACCUUAGCAUCGUCGUAUCUCGGCACAACUCCCUUAGCUGCCCAGUCAGUUCUGUCGACCAUCGCUAGUAUUAUGUUCCAGGUCCCUUUCCCGCUUUCAAUUUCUGGCAGUACCCGCGUUGCAAACCUGAUCGGGGCAACUCUUGUUGGACCCGCCAAGAUCUCAGCCAAAGUGACAAUGGGAUAUGCUGUCAUCGUAGGGCUGCUCAACAUGCUGCUGCUCUCCUCGCUGCGCUCAUACAUCCCACGACUAUUUACCCCAGAAGAGGAGGUAAUCGAGCUCGUAGCACAGGUCCUUCCAUUGUGUGCAGCGUUCCAGUUAUUUGACGCUCUCGCAGCUAACUGCAACGGUAUCCUUCGUGGAAUUGGCAGGCAAGAGAUAGGCGGCUACGUCCAGCUCUUCUGCUACUAUGCAGUUGCAAUGCCCAUUAGCUUCGGCACUACAUUUGGACUGGGCUGGGACUUACUAGGACUCUGGUCUGGUGUUGCUAUUGCCCUUCUUUUGGUAUCAGUGAUCGAGGUGAUCUUCCUAAUACGAACCGAUUGGGACCGUUCGGUCCAAGAUGCUCUUCAGAGAAACGCAAUGGCAUAGAAUUAUGACGG